AGCAGAUCAGCCACUCCUGCUCGUUUGGGCUAAGAAAUUUCCAUUCUUUCACGGCCCGGGACUGCGACCACAUCGAGAUGGCGCGUCCCGGGUCCGUGGCUCCCCCCCCCACCCUCAACGAUGCAAACAAGGUUGUUGAAGGUCAAAGUCUGAGAAACCUCAGCAAUGGUCCAAGGAGCGGGCCCGCCCGCAAGAAGCUGACGGCACAGUUCAAGUCGCGUGACGAGGAUUGCGGAAACAGUGGGUCGGCAUGUGACAAGACAGACUCGGAUUCUUCAAUCUCCGAGGAAGUUCACAGUGAGACGGACAUGCCAAGAGGUAACAUCUGCGAAGAAGAAGCCGUGUCUUCUCUUGCAGCCAUGAUUGCUGCGAAUGAUGAUUCCAAGAAUCGCAAGCGAUCGUCCCUGUCGGCAAGAAACGUGCACAUCAGCUCCGGCUCCACAUCGCCAGUGAAUGGAGAUGGUGGAGCAGACCCAACUGUCCUCAAGAAGCAGCGAAGGCGCGAGAAGAACAGAGCCUCGGCGCAGCAGUCGAGGCAGCGGAAGAAGAUUCACCUUGAGUCUUUGGAAGUUCGCGUCGAUGCACUGGAGGGCGAGAAGAAGUCGCUUCUCUGGCGGCUCGAGUCCCUCAACGCUGAGAACGCUGCUCUCAAGGCCAAGCUGCAGUCGCUGGUGAACAAGAAGGAGGCAAGUGAAGCUGACGACGAGGACCGAGAAGCGGCAGAGAAGCUCAACGCGCUUGCCGAGACUGCUCAUGAGAUUAUCCAGCAACAGAAGAGUGGCGGGUCGUCCGGGAAUGAGUGAUUGAAUCAGGUGGGAGAGAACCCGCAAGUAAUUUCUCUGUUGUUGUCCCUCCCAUCUCCUUCAUUUCCAUCCUCAGCCUGUCACCUUCCGACAGCCUCGAGGGCGAGAUGGAUUUCGGGGCUGGACCGGUGGAAGAGAAAACGGAGAGAUGCAACUUUCUGUUUCUUCUUGGCUGAGAAUGUUUUCGACCCGCUAUUACCAAAUCUUGUUUUAAUAAGUUUGGAGUCUGUCUUUC